AGAGAGAGAGAAAUAUUGAAGUGAGAGAGACAGUAGAGUUUUUGUCAUCUCUCUUUCUCUCUCUUCCCUCCGCCACAGUCUCCCAUCCUUGUCCACCGAUUAGCCUCCCUCUCUCCCUGAGAAUCAAAACAAAACGCACACUGUUCUCUUUCUAGGGUUUUCAAAUGAGUGAAGCUAAGCAAAAUGAAGUUGUAAUUAGCACGAGAUCUCUCAAUGCUUCAGACUGGUGAUCAAGAUUUGGACCACUAAAUCGAGGAGAAGGAGCUCGUGAAAGCUUAAAAAGUUGCAAUGGCUUCUUCUCGAGGAAACUGUGAAAUAGUCGAGGCAAAGGACGACCAUCCGAGCACAAUUAAUCGACCGCAAUCAGUUCGUCAAUUAAGAACACAUGACAGAGAACAGAAACCUCCCAUUUUGAAGAAACCACACAACAAAAGUCUCGAAGACGAUAUCAACAAGCUUUUUGAAUCGGUCAAUCUGAGAGCAUGCAAAAGUCUCGAUCUCUCAGACUCGUGGAGGAAUGCUUCGAAGAAGCCAAUGAGAGCCAUCGGUUCUCACUCUCCGGUGACUAGAUUUUCAGACCCCAUUUCUCUCAAGCAGGCGUUAAGGGGGCUGUGCAUUUCUCAGGCGGCAGAGGUUGCCGCCCUGAAACGGCUGUCCAUGCCACCUUCGGCAUCUCCUAGGAUGUCUGAAAAGUUGUACAGGUCUGUUGUGGUUGAAGGUGGAGAAAGCAGAACGGAAGUUUCCGGAAAUUCGAGUAGGUUCGUUCAAGAUUCCACCACCAAUAGUUCAUGUUCAUCUCCUAAUUAUAUUGUUGAACCAAACGUAAAGCCUGUAGAAUGUAAGUCUAGUGAUUCUGGUCUUUCACUGGUUGAAAGUAGUGAAUCCGUUGUAGUUGCGGAUAAAGAAUCCUCUCCUGCAUGUAAUGUUAUUACACAUGCUUCGGAAGCAAAGCAAAACUUUGAAGUGUCUGCUCUGCCUCGUCAAAAUUCUCAUGGUGAUGAUGUCAUAUCGAAGCCAGACAAGAAAAUUUCUGCCCCAAUCAAGGUACCUAAGCUGAGGCGGAAAUCGAAAAUACAGACAGCUUCAUCAUCCAGUGCAGUCAAAAGCAAUACAGACUCAAAACCUACUAGAGUUGCCUCGCGUACUAUAAAACCAGUCAUCAGAAACAAGAAUCUUGUCAUAAGGAAACCGAAGAAGAUUCCGGAAUCAACCGACGCUAAUAAUCUCAAAAAAUCUGGACAAAUGAUCUGCCAGAAGUGUCAGUGUUCAUUAACGGUUACGAGUAAGGAUUCUCCAGCUACAGUUACCACAACCGAAGCUAGUGAUGAAUGUCGAACAAAGAAACCAGACUCGAUUCCUAUUGGUUGGGAGAAUAAAGGGACGCAUGUUAAAACUAUUGUGAAUCUGAAGUCCACCGAAAAAGGGGAUAUUUCACAAAGCUCAAAGAGCAGCAUUUGCGAUUUCAGCAGUAGCACAACAACUAGCCUAAGCGAGGAUAGCAGUUUAAGUGGGUCCACCUGUGGAAGUAAACCGCAUAUGUCAAAAGACACAAGGUGGGGCGCUAUCAAUUGCGUAAGAAAGCAAUAUGGUUUCGUAGGGCUAAACCAUUUCAAUUUGCUGAAGAAACUUGGCUCGGGAGAUAUAGGCACAGUCUAUCUUGCUGAACUUGUCGGAACAAACUGCCCAUUUGCAAUAAAGGUUAUGGAUAAUGAGUUCUUGGGGAGAAGGAAGAAGAUGCCUAGGGCCCACACGGAGAGAGAGAUUCUGAGAAUGCUGGACCACCCGUUUCUUCCAACGCUUUACGCUCAGUUUACGUCUGAUAAUUUAUCGUGCUUAGUGAUGGAGUUUUGUCCUGGUGGAGAUCUGCAUGUGCUCCGGCAGAAGCAGCUUGCCCGAUGCUUCCCUGAACAGGCGGCAAGAUUCUACGUUGCCGAGGUACUUCUUGCACUCGAAUAUCUCCACAUGCUCGGAAUUGUGUACCGAGAUCUCAAACCCGAAAACAUACUCGUCCGCGAAGACGGACACAUCAUGCUCACAGAUUUCGACCUCUCCCUCAGAUGCACAGUCAACCCAAUGCUGGUCAAAUCCUCUUCACUCGGAAAGUGGGACCCACCUAGGGUUUCAGGCCCAUGUGCUGGAUCCAACUGCAUCGACCCCUUCUGCAAUGGCCCCUCAUGUCAAGUAUCCUGCUUCGCCCCCUCAAGAGCCAAAAAGCUAAAAGCUGAAGCUGCAGCAAAGGCAAAAGCUCGAUCUUUACCGCAGCUUGUGGCGGAGCCCACAGAGGCCCGGUCAAACUCGUUCGUCGGGACCCACGAGUAUUUGGCCCCCGAGAUUAUUAAAGGGGAGGGGCACGGGAGUGCGGUUGACUGGUGGACUUUGGGGGUGUUUUUGUACGAGCUUCUUUAUGGGAGGACCCCGUUCAAGGGGGCGGAAAACGAGGAGACGUUGGCGAAUGUGGUUUGUAGAGGGCUGAAGUUUCCGGAAGGUCCGAUUGUGAGUUUCGAGGCGAGGGAUCUUAUGAGGGGGCUUUUGGUAAAGGAGCCGGAGAAUAGGUUGGGGGUGGAAACAGGGGCCGCUGAGAUCAAACGGCAUCCGUUUUUCGAGGGGUUGAAUUGGGCUUUGAUUCGGUGUGCAGUGCCACCUCAGAUUCCGGAGGUGUGUGAUGUUGUGAACUCGAACGUCGUCUCUCUCGAGGGGAAGGGAGAGGGGUUUAUGGAGUGUAGUGUUGAUGGAGAACAUUUGGAGUUUGAGUUGUUCUAAGUGGAAAUUUGAGUUUGAUGACUAGAUUGUGAUGUGGAUGAAAGGGAAAUAAUAUGUGUAUUGUUGAGAAUGUUGCGGCAAAGUUAUUUAAACUUUAUAAAUAUUUUCCUCUCACUAUGUGCAAAUUUGCUAAUAGAAAAAAAAUGUUGGU